CGUUUGUCAUCUGUUAACUGUCAGAAUUAUGUCAAACUGUUAAAUAAUCGAAUUCGAAUGUAAUAUAAAUUAUAAAUUAGAUGCAAAUGAAAAAUUAGUUAAGUGAUUUGUGAAAAAAUUUAGCUGUACAACAUGGUUAGAUUAACAACCGCACUACUUCGCGUACCAGUCAUAAAGUUCCGAAAGGGCGGAGGUGGUCAAGCUGGACGGCCUCCGUCAGCUCCUGCAGCUGCUCCACCGUCCGCGGCACCUGCCGCAGCACCAGGAAGCAUGCAAUCGCAACAAACAGUUGCAAUGAGCACAAUAUCCGAUAUAGACUUGCCACCGCGCUACCGCAGGACACCACUCACCCAAGAAGAGAUUGACCACAUCAAUGGCGGUGGAAUUGAAGAAAAAGAUGCUGCUAAGAAUGUCAAACCUGGUACUCUUGUAUUCAACAUGCCUAAACAAGUAGUGCUGCAUUGCCGAAAACCAACUAGAAAAUUAAUCAAAUCAACUCCCUGUGGAUGUGAUAACUGCAAAUUUAAAUAAAUUACAGAAUCCAUUGGUUGAUGUUUCACACAAUUCACAAAAUUUGUAAUGAAGUUUUUGAAAUUGUUUUGUUUUAUAACAAUUUUUGUUGGCAUUAAAAAUAGUAUCACUUA